ACAGUCGUUGUCCCGGACCCUGAACAAGUCCAGGAACUUUCGCUGCGUGUCUCCCUCUGUCCGGUGGAACCUCGCAGGAUCUCCAUGACGCGACGCGCCGGGUGAUUACUGGACUUCGGCCGGAGGGGUUGUGCGGACACCUGGGCAUCAUGUGGACGCCGACGGAGGACGAGAAGAUCGGAGUGGUGAUCUGCAGCUUCCGCGGCUCGGUGACUCAGGGCCUGACGCUGGAGGUCGGAGAGACGGUUCAGAUUCUGGAGAAAUGUGAAGGUUGGUUCAGAGGAUUUUCUACGAGGAAGCCAAAUGUCAAGGGAGUUUUUCCAGCCAACUACGUUCACCUGAAGAAAGCUAUCGUCACCAAUCGAGGGCCUCAUGAGACCGUGCUGCCUCUGGAGGACCCCAUCAUCACAGAGGUGACCUCCACGCUGCAGGAAUGGGCCUUGCUCUGGAAACAGCUCUAUGUGAAACACAAGGUGGAUCUGUUCUACAAGGUGCGUCACGUGAUGAUGGAGCUGAUCGACCUGAGGAGGCAGAUGCUGUCAGGUCACCUGACACAGGAUCAGAGCCGGGACGUCAAACGCCACAUCACCGUGCGACUGGACUGGGGCAACGAACACAUGGGUCUGGACCUGGUGCCGAGGAAAGAGUAUGAGAUGGUGGACGAGGAGCAGAUAAGCGUCUCAGAUCUUUAUAAAAUGCAUCUGUCCAGCAGACACAGUGUCCAGCAGAGCACCACACAGGGCGAUGGCACACGGCCACGGCACGGUGACCCGGGCAGAGUUCCGGUACCACACCACCUGCUGGUCAACCUGAAGAGCUUCACCUACAACAGCAUCGGGGAGGACACGGACAUCUUCUUCUCUCUGUACGACCUGAGAGAGGGAAAGACCAUCAGUGAGAAGUUCAUGGUGCGACUGAACAAGAACGGAGGCCCGAAGAAUCCAGAGAAGGUGGAGAGGCUGUGUGCGCUUUUCACGGAUCUGAGCAACAAAGACAUGAAGAGAGAUCUGUACAUCGUGUCCCAGGUCAUCAGGACAGGUCGCAUGUUGCUGAACGACAGUAAGAAAGGUCCGCCACACGUUCAAUACCGCCGGCCGUACGGGUGUGCCGUCCUGGCCAUGAGCGACGUGCUGCAGACCAUCUCUGAGCUGAAGGAGGAGAAAGACUUUGUGCUGAAGGUGUACACGUGUAACAAUGAGAACGAGUGGUACCAGAUCCAUGAGAACAUCAUCCGCAAGUCCAGCACCAAAUACACAGCUCCCAGCACCAACUAUGGCCUCAUCAUCUCUCUGCAGCUGCUGAGAGGAGACAUGGAACAGGUCAGGAGGGAGAACCCUCUCAUUUUCAGCCGAGGUGCGGCCAUCACACGUAAACUGGGAUUCCCAGAUGUCAUCAUGCCGGGUGACAUCCGUAACGACCUGUACCUGACGCUGGAGCGAGGCGACUUCGAGAGAGGAGGGAAGAGCGUCCAGAAGAACAUUGAGGUCACCGUCUUUGUGCUCUAUGCCGAUGGAGAGAUCCUGAAGGACUGUAUCAGUGUCGGUUCGGGGGAGCCCAACCUGCCCGAGCACCGCUCCUUCGUGCUGUACCACAACAACAGCCCCCGCUGGAGUGAGGUCAUCAAACUCCCGAUCCCCAUCGACCGGUUCAGAGGCUCCCACAUCCGCUUCGAGUUCAGACACUGCUCCACAAAGGACAAAGGAGAGAAGAAGCUGUUUGGUUUUGCCUUCACUCCUCUGAUGAGGGAGGAUGGAACCACUCUGUCAGACGAGAGCCACGAGCUUUACGCCUACAAGUGUGAUGAGAACACCACCUUCAGUAACCACGCCCUCUACCUGGGCCUGCCCUGCUGCAAGGACGACUUCAACAGCUGCCCCAGCAUCCCCUCCAGCCUCAUCUUCCAGCGCAGCACCAAGGAGAGCUUCUGGAUCUCCACCCAGCUGUCCUCCACCAAGCUCACCCAGAACGUGGACCUCCUGGCUCUGCUCAAGUGGAAGGCUCAUCCCGACCGGGUCAUGGACAUCCUGGGCCGGCUGCGACACGUCAGUGGAGAGGAGAUCGUCAAGUUUCUACAAGACAUUCUGGACACGUUGUUCUCCAUCUUAGACGACAACACAGACAAGUAUGGACCACUGGUGUUCCAGUCACUGGUGUUCAUCAUCAACCUGCUCAGGGACAGUAAAUACUUCCACUUCCGACCUGUGAUGGACACGUACAUUCAGAAACACUUUGCUGGAGCUCUGGCCUACAAGGAGCUGAUCCGCUGUCUGAAGUGGUACAUGGAUCGCUCUGCAGAGGUGGUGAGACAGGACCACAUCCAGGAGGCCAUGAGGGCUCUGGAGUAUCUGUUCAAGUUCAUCGUUCAGUCCAGGAUCCUCUACUCUCGAGCCACGUGUGGGAUGGAGGAGGAGCAGUUUCGAACCAGCAUCCAGGAACUGUUCCAGUCCAUCCGCUUCGUCCUCAGCCUGGACAGCCGCAACUCCGAGACCCUGAUCUUCACACAGGCCGCCCUGCUCAACUCGUUCCCGGCCAUCUUCGACGAGCUGCUGCAGAUGUUCACGGUGCAGGAGGUGGCGGAGUUUGUGCGCGGCACGCUGGGCAGCAUGCCGUCCACCGUGCACAUGGGACAGUCCAUGGACGUGGUCAAGCUGCAGUCCAUCGCCCGCACGGUGGACAGCCGGCUCUUCUCAUUCCCAGAGUCUCGAAGGAUCCUGCUGCCUGUGGUCCUGCAUCACAUCCAUCUGCAUCUGAGGCAGCAGAAAGAGCUGCUCAUCUGCUCUGGAAUACUCAGCUCUAUAUUCUCUAUAAUCAAGACCAGCUCACUGGACACGUCCGUGCAGGAGGAGGUGGAGAUGAUGGUGGAGUCUCUGCUGGACGUCCUCCUGCAGAGCCUACUGUCCAUCAUGAGCAAGAGCCAAUCGCAGGAGGCGGUAAGGGGUCAACGCUGCCCGCAGUGCACCGCGGAGAUCACUGGCGAGUACGUGUCCUGCCUCCUGUCCCUCCUCCGCCAGAUGACCGACAUCCACUUCCAGCGCCUGAUGGAGAACUUCCAGAGCAAAGAGGAGCUGAAGGAGUUCCUGCUGAAGAUUCUGUGUGUGUUCAGAAAUCUGAUGAAGCUCAGCAUCUUCCCUCGGGACUGGAACAUCAUGAGACUCCUCACCAGCAACAUCAUCCUGACCACGGCUCAGUAUUUGUCACCUGCGCUGCACAAGAACUUCACCGAAGCAGAGUUUGAUUUUAAGGUGUGGAACUCCUACUUCAGUUUGGCCGUGCUCUACAUCAACCAGCCGAGUCUGCAGCUGGAGAACCUGAGUCCUGCCAAGAGGAAAAAGGUUUUAGACAAGUACGGGGACAUGAGGGUGAUGAUGACCUACGAGCUGUUCAGCAUGUGGCAGAACCUGGGUGAGAAUAAGAUCCACUUCAUCCCCGGUAUGAUCGGCCCGUUCCUGGGAGUGACGCUGGUUCCUCAGGUGGAGGUGAGGAACAUCAUGAUCCCCAUCUUCCACGACAUGAUGGACUGGGAGCAACGCAAGAACGGAAACUUCAAGCAGGUGGAGGCUGAACUGAUCGAUAAACUGGACAGUUUGGUUUCUGAAGGGAAAGGAGACGAGAACUACAGAGAACUCUUCAGUUUGCUAACCCAGCUGUUUGGGCCCUACCCCAGUCUGUUGGAGAAGAUCGAGCAGGAGACGUGGAGAGAGACGGGCGUGUCCUUCGUCACGUCCGUCACACGGCUGAUGGAGCGACUGCUGGACUACAGGGACUGUAUGAAGGGAGACGAGACGGAGAACAAGAAGAUCGGCUGCACCGUCAACCUGCUGAACUUCUACAAGUCAGAGAUCAACAAGGAGGAGAUGUACAUCCGCUACAUCCACAAGCUGUGUGAUAUGCAUCUGCAGGCUGAGAACUUCACCGAGGCUGCGUUCACUCUGCUGUUGUACUGGGAGCUGCUGCACUGGGACGAGCGACCACUGAAAGAGUUCCUGCAUUACUCUGCUCAGACCGAGUGGCACCGCAAAGAGGCGCUGUGCCGCAAGGUCAUCCACUACUUCAACAAGGGAAAGUGCUGGGAGUAUGGGAUCCCUCUUUGCAGGGAGCUGGCCUUCCAGUAUGAAUCUCUGUACGACUACCAGAGUCUGAGCUGGAUACGGAAAAUGGAAGCUGCGUAUUACGACAACAUUAUGGAGCAGCAGCGUCUGGAGCCAGAGUUCUUCCGGGUGGGAUUCUACGGCAGGAAGUUCCCCUUCUUCCUCAGAAACAAAGAGUUUGUGUGUCGGGGUCAUGACUACGAAAGGUUAGAGGCCUUCCAGCAAAGGAUGCUGGGAGAAUUCCCACAAGCCAUUGCGAUGCAGCAUCCCAAUCAGCCGGACGAGGCGAUCCUUCAGUGUGACGCUCAGUACCUCCAGAUCUACGCGGUGACCCCGGUGCCAGACGGCGUCACCGUGCUGCAGAUGGACCGGGUCCCGGACCGCAUCAAGAGCUUCUACCGGGUCAACAACGUGCGGCGGUUCCGUUACGACCGGCCGUUCCACAAAGGAUCCAAAGACCGAGACAACGAGUUCAAGAGUCUCUGGAUCGAGAGGACCACCCUGAUCCUCACGCACCCUCUGCCCGGGAUCUCUCGCUGGUUCGAGGUGGAGAAGCGAGAGCUGGUGGAGGUGAGUCCGUUGGAAAACGCCGUCUCUGUGGUGGAGAACAAGAACCAGGAGCUGAGGACUCUGAUCAGCCAGUACCAGCACAAGCAGCUGCACGGGAACAUCAACCUGCUCAGCAUGACCCUGAACGGGGUCAUCGACGCCGCGGUCAACGGAGGCAUCGCCCGGUACCAAGAGGCCUUCUUUGAUAAGGAAUACAUCAGCAGCCACCCUGAGGACACGGAGAAGAUCACGCAGAUCAAAGACCUGAUGCAGGAGCAGGUUCACAUCCUGGGAGUCGGCCUGGCGGUGCACGAGAAGCUGGUGCACCCGGAGAUGCGUCCGCUGCACAAGAAGCUGAUCGAUCAGUUCCAGAUGAUGAGGAGCAGCCUCUGUCACGGACUUCCUGGUUUGGACAAGGUGGUCUCAGGAGCCAACACCUCCAGAGGGAUCCUGGCCUCACACAGCCCCCUGAGCCCCGAGAGCUUCAAGCUCAUGCACCGGCACAGCCCCAUAGCUGUUUUGACUCCAGUGCGCAACUCCUCCUCCUCUCUCUCCUCCCACACCUCCAGUGAGAUGGGGAACGUUGGGAACCUGCUGAUCCUGGCUGAUGGGAUGGUGGUGGAGCACCCGGAGGACUUCUACCGGAUGCAGGCAAGCCCCUCCUCCUCUAGCCUUAGCUCCACCCACUCUGCGCCCUCUCAGAUGAUCCACUCCGCCCCCUCCACCAUCAGAGUGGGUUCUCCUUCUCUGCCGGACAAGUACAGACACAACAGGGAGAUGCUGAUGCUGCUGCCGCCGCACAGGGAGCGGCCGAGCAGCGCCAUGUACACCAACAUCACAGAGAACGGCCAGCCAGCGAACUUCCAGCGGGCGCUGUUCCAUCAGGUGAUUGGUCCGUGUAAACCCUGCAGCGACCCCAACCUCUCGGUGGCUGAGAAAGUGCUCACCACCCCCAGUAGUUGGAGUUUGGACAGUGGAAGCAGAGAUGCUCUCCCCUUCCUCUCUGCCCACGCUGGCAUCGCACCUCCUGUUCCCCCCCGCAACCUGCCUCACGGGCAACACCUGUCGAUGCACUUUGACGCUUUCCACCACCAGGUCAGCGACCUCCCUCCAGCUCUCCCCGCGCGCUCCUUAAGAAAGUCUCCCCUGCACCCUAUACCUGCCUCGCCCACCAGUCCACAGUCCAUCCUGGAUGGCAGUAACUCCACCUUAUCAGGCAGCGCCAGCUCCGGGGUCUCCUCCCUCAGUGAGAGUAACUUCGGUGGCCCCGCCUCCUCCUCCGACGCCCCGGCCAGCCGCACAGACACCCUGGAGUCCGUCCCCAGCAGCCAGGCCUGGACCAGGGACCAGGAGGACCUGGACUCUCUGUACCAGCCCGUCAGGUACAGCGUCUCCGAGCCCGAGGUCCUGGACGGAGGGAAACUCCUGCCCUGCCGCAGCCAGUCCGCCCCAGGAGGCGUCAGCCCGGCUCAGGGUUCCACCUCCACCGGCGCUCCACAGCCACUGCAGCACGACGGGCUGCCACACCACCAACACCACUACCACCACCACUUCCACCCCCACUACCUCCCCCACCACCCGCCUCUCUACCAGCUCCACGAGCCUCCUCCCGCCCUGCCGCCCAAGCCCUACCUCCGAGAGGGCUGCAUCCCGGAAGAAGACGCCCAGUCAGCGUCUCCUCCCGCCCCACGGCCCAUGCCACGCAAGAUCUCCCAGCCCAUCAUCGCCGCCACCAAGGACGAGCAAGCUAAAGUGGCGUGGGAGCACGGCAUCAGAGAGGAGUGAGACGUCGGCGGAAGAGUUGAGGAAACUUGGAGAACAAACAGAAUAGAAACUAUUUUCAGAGAGAGGGACAAGAAGGAGAAAGACGUGAGAACCAAACUGAGACCUGAGGGAACCUGUCCCGACCUUCUCCAGGAACCAGAAGAAACACUGAAGGUCAAAGAGGUUAAAUCCUCAGCUCCUCAGAACGUCUGAAGGUCGUUCAACCACACGACCAUCCUCGAGUCGUCCAGCUCAGAAACACUAAACCAUCAUCCACUCAAGUUUCUAACGUCUGUCCUUCGGGUUCAUCAGGAAACAUUCAAAGGGAUUUUAUCAGGUCGAUACCUCGUCACCGUGGUGAGACGCACUUUAACAACAGAGCAUCAAAACACAUGAGAAUUAAAGUUUCUGCAUAUUUUUAUAAAAGCAGGAACAGAAAGUUGAAAACAUAAAGACAUAGUAAUAAUGAGGAACUAAGUGUUUCCACCGGAUCAACAACAACAAGCCCAACCACAGGUUGAUAGAAUACCUUAACGAUGAUGACGUCCUGUCGGAGCCGAGAGGUUUUUAUAUUUUCCAAAAGACGCAUCAAAGUGUGUAGAUACAUGUAAAACAGUAUAUAAAGGUAUAUGAAUAAUAAUUUAUAUUUAAUCCUUUUGAUUGAAGGUGAAAUAUGCAAGUUAAAUGGCUUCCAGAGUCGUUUAGUAGCUGCUGGGCGAUGGCUCCUGACCUGUUCACAGCAGAGAGGAGGUGAAGAAAUCAUUUCAUUUCAGGUUGUGACGUCAGAAAAGGACCUUGUUGUUUUUUUCAGCUGAAGAUGUAAAUGUGCUGAUGACGUUUAUAGAGAAUAUCGACUCUGAGAAAUAUACACUUUUUGCCAGUUUCUAUGAAUGACUGUACAUUUUUAAACUAUAUACAGUUUUUUUUAUGCAUGUUUAUUCAAUGGAAGAUCGAACAGAGAGUGAGUGAAUACACAGAGGUGUGUGUGUGUGGGGGGGGGGGAUAUUAAAUGGCUGUGAUGAAGUGUAAAGAUACUAUGAAGGAUGAUGCGUUGUUUGCUUUUGUUUUAAAAAUGUAAAACCUUUUUUCCACCAGUUUCCAUCCUCAGAGCACUUCUCUGCUUUUUCUUUGAAAUUGAAAAACCUUCACAGACCUUCUGUCUUUUCAUGUUCUCACUUCAACCUGAAGCAACGAGGACCUGUUCACCUCAUUGAGGCCGAGUAGAGGCAAUAAACACAAAUAGGAAACUUUAUUUACACUAAAUAUACUCAAUUUACAGAAGUAAAAGCCUCAGGGCUCAAAACUGAAAAUAUCAUUUAAUUUAAAAACAAAUUCAUCAAUUACCACAAGAAUAACUGGAAGUAGAAUAAGGAGAAUCUAAAUGUUUAACUUCCCUAAAGAUCUAAAUGAGUCGGGGCCGGAGGAAACAGUAAAAACAGAAACAACAGUCCACAUUUAGAAACAUAAAUAAACACAAAGUUUUGAUUUAUCACUUUAGUUUUCAGGAUAUUUUAUAUUGAGAAACUUGUCAAUUUUCCUUCAUAUCAAUAAAGUUUUAUCUUAACGAAUAAUAAACCCUUUGCUCGUAACCUUUUUGUAUAAUUUUUGUAUAAUUAAUAAUAAUCAGAUUUUACUUGUAAAUGUGGAGCUAUGACAAAGUGCAGAAAUAGAUCAUGACUCAGCAGAGCUCAAGUCUCCCCCCGACCCAACAGUCCCGUGAGGAAACCAGUUUAAUCCACCAGAUCCUGAUGGUUCUGGAUCUGCACUCAAUCACACACACUCGUUAAUAUCAGUCCUGUAAACAUCUGAUGGUUUUCAUCAAGAUCCGUGAAUUAUUCUCUGAGGAAACAACGGAAAUAUUGAAAAGGGUCGGAGCUCAUUAUCGAACAGGGGGUGAAAACAUGACCUCCUCUGUGGGGGUUCAUAUUCCGGCCUGAAAUUAAAGUUCCAGCUUCUGCAUUGAUGAUAGACUAUGCAAAGGCCCAUUUCAAAUAAUGUCCACAGAACAGUUUUAUACGUGCGUGUGGACGAGGCUGGUUGAUGUAAAUAUACACAGAGUAUUUAUACCGAUCAUCAAGGGCAAACAUUGUAAACACGUAGACGGUCAGAGUCUUGUCCUUUCUGAUGUAAAACAGAUUUUAAACUUAGUUCCUUUUCUCUAAUUCUUAUGAUUAUUUCAGGGCAGCUGAGGAAGGUUUGUUACUCUGUGUGUUCUGCAUCAAAUCCAGAUAGUUGCUACGAUAGAAUCCCUUUGUACGAUGAUGCUCACGAGUGUUUCCUGUAUAUAAAAGUCUUUAUUGUGUUAGCAUGGUACUGAACUGUGAACGAUGGUAGAUGUAAAUACUGUUUUCUUUCCUCCUCACUAACCAAACUGAAGUGUUGUGGAUCAUGAUUGACAUUAAACUGUGUUUUAUUGACUC